AAGUAUUCAAGAAAAUUUACUAUUACUAUGUUCAUUAUAUACUUUAUUUAGUCAAUGAACGAUGUCCAUGAACAAUGAACAAAAAAAUAUUUUAUGUAAAGGUUGGUAUUUGUGACACCUAAGCACUUGUCAUUCUGAAGAAACUGACUAGUAACAACUGACAAUGGUUUCUUAUGUCAACUUACCUGUCUUACAAAGCCCAUCCCAGAUUGCCAUAAAAGGACAACAAAGCUAUUUCCUCACCAUAGAAGGUAGUUGGUCUACUACUAUAUUGUAAGUAGCCAAGACAAUUAUUAAUGAUACUCCUCUACAGUACAAGGAAAUCUCCACUUGUUAUUCAUAUGGAUUACAACAAUGGAUGAUGAUCACUUUUGCAACAGAAAUGGAAACAUUGUUAAAUUACAAAUAAAUUAUACUUUAAGAUUGACAAGAAGGUAAGUUAUCAGAACACAAAUAUUCCAAAAUGAAAUUCAACCAACUGCACAUAAUUUGGAUAUUACAAUUCCAGGUAGCUGCUUUAGCUUUCAAUGAAACAAUUAACAUCAAAAACACUUGUUAUAUCAAUAACUUCAAAAUUUUCUGUGAAUACAUUGAUUUACAUAAUAAAAACUUAAACUUUGAACAGCUCAAUGGCACAUAUAUGUUAUAUCUUAUCGGAACAAAUCUACACUCUCUACAGGAGAAUGUUUUCAAUGGUACUCAAAUUAAGCACUUAUCAAUAUCUGACAAUCCAUUAACAGUAAUUGACAAAAAUGCAUUUGGUGGACAAGAAGAAUUCUUGGAAAGCUUAGAGCUAUCAACAACAGAUACAACAGAACUAGUUGAUUUUACAGCCCUUCAAAACCUGUAUAACCUUGAAACUCUUGAAAUUGAGAAUUUCUAUAUGAACCAGAAUUUAAACAAUUUUACUUCUGAUAAGCUAACUAAACUGACAAAACUCUCUUUAAUAAAUAAUAAAAUUCGUGAUGUUAACAUAAAUACAUUUGCACAUUUCCAGAAUUUAACUCAACUUACUAUAAAAAAUAAUAAGCUAGCAAAAAUGCUACAUCCACAAGCCUUUGAGCAUCUGCUCAACUUACAAUAUCUUGAUGUGAGUAAUAAUGCAAUCACAGAGAUAACAAUGGGAAAUUUACAAAAUGUAAAAAAGAUGCUGCAACAUUUAGACUUUAGUUCAAACAAAAUCACACGUGAUCAUUUGGAACAUUUUAAAAACCUUUCAAAACUUGAAACCCUCAAGUUAGAUAACAAUAGAAUUAAAAGUCUAUCAGGUGACAUAUUUCAAAAUAUGAAUAAACUGAAAACCUUGUCUGUGAGAAAUAACCAACUUACUAAAUUGCGAAAAACAUAUUUAAAUGGUUUAAAUAAUCUCAGAGAACUAUUUUUAAGUGGAAAUCAAUUGAUCAUUGAAGCCACAACAAUGACUGAAGUGCCUCUCUUAGAAAUUUUAUAUUUGGAUAAUCAAAAUCUAAAAGGAACUAUGGAAAUAAAAUGGUUAGAAAAUACCAGUGGAACACUGAAAAAAUUAUCGUUAAAAGGCAAUAGUUUUAAUAACAUAGAUCUUUGGAGAGCAAUUAAAACAUUACCACAUUUGGAAUUCUUGGAUCUUUCCAAAUGUAAUCUAGCAGUAAUCCCUGCUUUUGCAUUUGAACAGAACCCAAAGCUAAAAGCCAUAAAGCUAAAUGACAACAAAUUAGAGAGUUUAGAGGAAGGUGCAUUUCAAGGUCUACAAAACACUUUAGAGUCUAUUAAACUCAGCAACAACCAGCUCCAAGUUGUGGACGAAUGUGUUUUUAAUAAUUUCAACUGGCCAGAAAAGGAUAUUUCAAUAUAGACCUCAGCAAUAAUAAACUGGUGUGUAAUUGUUCUCUUCAUUGGCUUCAAAUUCAGUUGCAUGAAUAUAUUAAGAAAUCUAAUAAUAACACUUUACCAGUUAGUUUCUGGAAGUGUUUCACUGCUAAUGGAGAGGAGCUGAUU